AUGGACGUUUCAUUGGAUGACAUUAUCGCCCAAAACAAGAAAAGCAAGGGUGGACGCCAAGUCGGAGGUUUCCGUUCGGCGGGAGGACGCAACGAUUCAGCCAGACCAAGAGGAGGUGGACGAGGAAAUGGAGGUGGCGGGUCCCGCUCCACUCACGUACCCGACGGCCGCUGGAAGCACGACAUGUUCGGCAAAGGCCCAGCGAGUGGUGGUGGAGGACGCAAAGAAGUGGCGAGGAUUGGCGCUGGAGGGAAUCCCCGUGUCCGUGUCCUGCUCUCCAAUCUCGCAGCCACCGUCAACACCGCAGAUCUUGAGGAGCUCUUCAAUCCAUACAACAUCGAAUCGGUCAAUGUCCAUUUCAAUGAGCAAGGAGAGCCCGUGGGAACUGGAGAUUUGUCGUUGAGAAGGAAAGACGCCAUUCAAAUGCUUCAAGAUCUCAAGGGAUUAGCUAUUGAUGAGCAAGUCGUGAAGAUGACGCUCGUUGAUGAAACCUCAUCGGUGACAGUGGGAACAAUCCGAGAUCGAAUCAAGCUCAAUCGACCAAAGGUGGAGGUGGCGGUGGCGGUCGUCGAUCAGCUGGAAAUGGACGCCCGGCAUAUGACAUGCACGAUGACCGAGUGGAACGAUCAAGGAGAUGAGCCACGUUCCGGUGGUGGACGUCGUGGAGGUCGUGGAGGAGGCCGACGUGGUGAUGGUGGAAAGAAGCCUCUGACUGAGGACGAGCUCAACGCCCAACUCGAGGCCUAUAUGACAAAGGGAAAAGAUGACGAUAUGGCU